GUUGGUGGUGAUUGGCUGAGUGAAAAACAACAAGUUGCGAGGAAAAGAAACUGACAGGAGACAAAGUGAACAAUAUAAGUUAUAUCUGGAUUAUUAUGAGCUGUUUGAACGUUCAGAACCGGUGAUUAUGAGCUGCGUGGCCGUGAAGCCUCCUUCGGGUGGAAGGUGGAAGGUGGACGUGAUCCGCCAGCUGAAGCGACGGGACCAGAGGCAGCACGAAGCGUUCAGCGACCUGAUCCGGCACUACAGCCGCAUGCUUGAGAAGUCCAGCAUCUCUGCAGGGUUCCUGAGGACUGCCAGGGUCCCAUCAGGCCCGGAGUCCUUGUCUCAGAACGAUCGCCUGAAGACGAUGACCGGAGAGGCGGCCCCUGGUGGCUCCAGGCGGCCCCAGGUGCCUCCAGGCGACCCCUGGUGGCUCCAGGCCCCUGGUGGCUCCAGGCGGCCCCUGGUGGCUCCAGGCGGCCCCAGGUGGCUCCAGGCUGCCCCUGUUGGCUUCAGGCCCCUGGUGGCUCCAGGCCCCUGGUGGCUCCAGGCGGCCCCUGGUGGCUCCAGGCGGCCCCUGGUGGCUCCAGGCGGCCCUUGGUGGCUCCAGGCUGCCCCUGGUGGCUCCAGGCGGCCCCAGGUGGCUCCAGGCGGCCCCAGGUGGCUCCAGGCUGCCCCUGGUGGCUCCAGGCUGCCCCUGGUGGCUCCAGGCGGCCCCAGGUGGCUCCAGGCGGCCCCUGGUGGCUCCAGGCUGCCUCUGGUGGCUCCAGGCGGCCCCAGGUGGCUCCAGGCAGCCCCAGGUGGCUCCAGGCGGCCCCUGGUGGCUCCAGGCUGCCCCUGGUGGCUCCAGGAUGCCCCUGGUGGCUUCAGGCAGCCUCUGACGACAGUGUGUCCCCCAGGGUUCCUGGAGGUGAUCGUGUGGCCCCUGGCCGGCCGGCUGAACGUGUCUCGAAGCUGGCGGCCAGAUCUCGGCGCGGGGCAGCUGCACUACUACGGCCAGGUGGCCGCACUCAACGACUGCGUAUACCGCAACAUGUACCGCAGCCACUACCUGGGCCUGCACGACAUGGACGAGCUCAUCCUGCCCCAGGCCGUGGACAGCUGGACGGAGCUGCUGCCGCAGCUGGAGCUGAAACACGGGCCGGGCCGCAGCUAUGUGUUCCAGAACCACGUCUUCCCCACCUCCAUCUCCGGGACCCCGUCCGCCCCCUCCUCCGAGACCCGCCCCACCGUGCGCUGGCAGGAAGUGGAGGGGGUCAACAUCCUGGACCACCUGUACCACGAGCCCCCCGACACCGUGACAUGGAGCAACCACAAGAUUAUUGUGGACCCCCGGGCCGUGGUGCAGCCCACCGUCCAUGGGUUGCUGAACCCCACGCACAUCACCGUCACCGUGCCCCCCAGCGUGGCGCGCAUGUACCACACCAGAGCGGCGAUGAAGGCGGGGCUGAGGCGGAUCAACCUGACGUUCGACGGGCGUCUGCUGGACUACAGAGACCGCCUGGUCCGGGUCGUGGACGAGGUCCUGGAGCGGACCGGGCUCCUCCACCCAUCCCGGGAGGGCCCCCCACUGGGGGACUGAGGGGCGGGGUAUGGUGGAGAAGACCAGUUCCUCCACCCGUACCUAGCUGUCAGUUCUAUGGAGCUUGCUGUAAGUUCUCCAGAGCUAGGUGUUAGUUCUAUGAGUUAGAACUUGUACAUAAAGGAUGAAGCUAAAGAAACUAAAGGUCCCUCCGGUCUUCGGGAGCCGGCCUUCUUUCACUGCCGAAGGUUAAAAAGAAAUCGGCUGGACAGAGAGCGUUUGCCUGUCGAGCCCCCUUCCUAUGGAAUAGGCUGCCAUCAGUGAAGCUGACUCUGUGGAGGUAUUCAAAGGAAAGCUCAAAACGCACCUCUACAAUCUUGCAUUUGGAAGAUAGUGUGAAAACGACAGAUGCAAAAUGAAGACCACUCUGUUUGCUUGUGCUUUUGUUAUUACAGUAUACAUUCCCACUAUGUACUUUUCCGUUCUAAUUCACUAUUCUGUCUGUUUUGGCGUGUUGCGGUGACUGGACUGGAUGCCUGGACUCUCCUCAUGGUUAACCGGCCACUUUAAACAGUGCAUUUCAGCUGCUUCCCUCUAGACAGAGGCUCAAAGUUCCCCAAAGCAGAACAAUCCGCUACAGGAACAGUUUUGUUCCUGCAGCCAUUAUCUAUACGAAUAAAUUGUUGCAGCGCCACUGGUGGUGCAUAACUUUGUUGCACUUUCUGAUGUACUGAGCACCUCUGUGAUUUUUGUCUGUGUGUCUGUCUUGUCUUCCGUGAACGCGCUUUUCUUGACCUGCAAACCAAAUUUACCCACGGGUAUGAAUGAAGCAACCUUGAACCUGGAACCCCAUCACCAUUUUAAUAUGAUGUGCAUGUAUUUACCUGUAAGUCAAUUGUGGCACCCAUUGCACUCCUGACCAUCCCUGGAAGAAGGGAUCCCCUACUAUGUGUUUCUUCUCAAGAUUUCUUCCUUGCUAAUUUCACAGGAGUUUUUUCUUGCCCUUGUGGGGGCUUGGGUAAGGGGGGUGUCAUAUAUAUUUGGCCUGUUAAGCCCUUUGAGACUGUAAUGGUGAUUAAGGGCUAUAUAAAUAAAUUGCAUUGAAUUGAAUUGAAAGACAAUGCUUCGUUGAACAACUGGCUCCUUUGGUCUGAGCUUGAAAUAGUGGUUGUUUGAUGUUCUGGAAAUUGGUCAAUCCUAAUUUGUCACCACUGCUCCUAAUAAUUGAAGCGUAAUUUUUUUCAUUCAGUACAUAUUUUAUCAUCCUUGUUCUCUUUGGUUCUUAACCCUCAUAGGGUGUUCGUGUUUUUGUUACACAGGAGGUGCUGCUGGGUCUGGUGGACCCAUUGCAUUUUAGGCCUUUUAAUUCAACAUAAUCUAACUUUUUUUUUAAAUACUCACCAAAUGGUUACCUCAACCCAAUUGCAAGUAAUAUAAACAACACAUAUGUUAAAUUUGAUCCCUUUACCUUUGUUAAAUCACAUUUAUGAAUAGAGGUGCCACUCGUUUUUGUUUCUUUUUGUAUUAAAAUGCAACAAAAUAAGGAAAUGCCUCAUAAAACAGGCAUAACUGGGAAAUAAUCAACAUCAUUAGAAAUUGAAACAUACUCAAUAACAUCUGUCUGAACAACACAUUAAAGCCUUUGAACACUGCCAUUAUACGUAUAUCAGACUAUACCACACAUGAGGGGCAGAGUCUCACUGUGUGUGUAUUGCAUAUGUAUUUUUUGCACUGGUUGCAUGUAUAUUGUGUUUUUCUGUCCAUCAUGGGUCCACACACU